UCUCCCAAGGCUUGACAAUACUAGAUAACAAAGUUCCAAAAGUUUACGUCAUCAAAAUUACAUUAGUAAUAGAUGUAGUGAUGCUAUUUGAGAGAAAAAUGGUCUGGCAAUUGUUAAGACAACGUGGAUAUAAGUAACUUCAGUGGUGAUGGUGGUUGUGGCGGCUGGUUACGAGUGUUGCGAAGCAGCCAGACCAGACGAGACGCCCGGCCCACCUCACCACUCACCACCUCUCCACCGGGCUCCAGCUCACCAGCCAGGUUGAGCCAGCCAGCCAGCCAGUGUGCCGCGGGCCGUCAGGUAGUCAGUUUGCCUUUACGCGCCGCUCCGUCCCGCCUUCUGCCACGAGUGCGAUCUCAGGUGACCGUCACCUCUCCGUGCAUUCCUUGACUCCCCACAGCCAAUAACGAUAUAUUCCAGCAAAAAUAAAUAACAAAUGAAUCAAAAUCCAACCUGAAACUAGGACUCAAUUAACUAAAAAAAAAAAAAAAAAAAACUAAUUAUCCGGGAAAAGCAGACACCGAAUAAAAACAAGCUAUAAAAUAAAACAGAAAACCUAGAAAGGAAGAAGAAAGAGAAAAAAAAAAAACACAAGAAAGAAAGAUAAAAUAACAACUCCCAAGUAUUGAAAGCAUAAUUAAGAAAGCUCUCCCAGGAAACAAAAACAUAUAAAACAGACAUAAAAAAAACACUGGGAGUAAGUCUAAUAACAUCAAGAAAAUACGCACCACAGAAAACAGAUAAGACUUGUGCAGUUAUUCUGGUCGGCUGCGUUCCCCAGGUGUGCCUACAACCAUGUCAGUCCCCAGCCUGUACCCGGCCCCCUCAGCUCCCCGUCCCAGUGUGCUGAGGAGGGCACCACUAAGCCUACUCAACACGUGACUGGCGAAACGAUAGGCCUACUUAGCACAUGGUCGUGACUGGUUGGGGCCACAGGAGCCUUUUAAGUGAUUGGUUAGCGAGUGUGAGUGAGUGAAGGUGAUUGGCGUAAGUCUUGGAGUGUCCGUGUUCAGUGUUCGUGAUUAGCGUGGGUAAUUUUAAGUCAGAAACGUCGUCAGUGAUCGAUAAAAGGAAAAAAAAAAGGAUAUUCGUGUGUUUUGUUUGUGUGCGUGUGCAAGUUGAUGUGUGAGAAGUUUAAAAUUAUAACAAAAGAAGGUGAAGGAAAGGAUAUAAGAAAAUACAGCGAAGAGAGAAAAUAGAAAGAGAAAAUACACAAAGGAUGCGUACAGGAGUUACGGAUUAUUUCACUGAUAUCACGUAAGAAGCAAAAAAAAAAAAAAAAAAAAAAAGUGGCAAUGCAAGUAUAGAAUCAACAGUAAUUCAUAAACACAAGACCUGCUACGAAAAUUACUACAAAAUAAAAAGAAAAAAACAACGCCAGUAAAUAUAAAGAAAUCGAUAAAAAAAAAAAGGAAAAGGAUACAUAAGAAUCACUAAACGAAAAUAAAUAAAAAAAAUAUAUAGGAAAACACGUAAAAAAACAACAACUUUCGCUUCCCAACGCCAGAACUAAUAGAGAAACAAAUGAGUAAACCAAUAACAAUGACAACCACAUUCACGGAGCCUCGGACAGUGUACAUAAACGAGGAGAAAUUCAACGAGGAGGAGGAGUUUUAUGACGUCACACCAGAGAGGAGGAGGAGAAAAAACACGGAGAAUGAGGACGAGGAAGAGGAGGAGGAGGAGGAGGAGGAAGAUGUGGAGGAGGGUGAGGUAGGGGAGGAGAUCCACCACUCCCCAGGCUCCUCUCAUCCCUCGGGCUCCUCCAUGCGUGCUCGAAGGCAAGGGUGGAGCCUGGCCUCUCUGUACCAAAGACUCAUGAGGACAUUUCACCGCGCAUGGAAGGAGGUCAGAUUCAGUGGAUUGGAAGACCAUGACCCAGACGACAUCGAGCUCAACGUGGUUCGCUACAAGCCGGACGGGAUCGAAGCCCUGGCGAGAAACACCAAGUUCAGCAAGAAGGAACUGCAGCUCAUGUACCGGGGCUUCAAGGCGGAGUGUCCGAAUGGCAUCGUCAGCGAAGACACAUUUAAAGGCAUCUACUCCCAGUUCUUCCCGCAAGGAGACGCGACGGCCUACGCUCACUACGUCUUCAACACCUUCGACACAGACCACCAGGGAUCCAUCAGCUUCGAGGACUUUGUAACCAUCCUGUCGGAGCUGUCCCGGGGUAGCACGACGGAAAAGCUUCGGUGGGCCUUUAACCUCUACGACAUCAAUGGCGACGGUUACAUCACCAAGGAGGAGAUGCUGGACAUUGUCUCUGCCAUCUAUUCCUUAGUGGGUCGCAACGCCAUCCCGGCUGUGGAGGAGAACACUACACAGGAACACGUGGACAGGAUCUUUGAGAAACUGGACAUCAAUGGUGACGGCAUGGUGACGCUGGACGAAUUCAUGGAAAUCUGCACCUCAGACGAGACCAUCGCCAACUCGCUCACCAUCCUGGACACGAGUUUCUGACAAGAGGCCCCCAGUUCAGCGCUUCUCGUUCCCGUCACUCAACCGCAGGACUUAAACUGCAACAUGUAGAGACGCGACCCGGGGGCCCCUACCACCCACAAGGAGGAGCAGGAGCGAGGCAGGAGGAAUGGAGAGGAAGGAGGAGAAGAAGGAGGUCGUGGUGGUGGUAGUGGUGGUGAUGGUGGUGUGAUGUCAGUGGUCACAGGAAAAAGUGAGGUCCCCGUAGAGAAGACUGUUCUGGGUGAUAGUGUGGAGAGAGAUGGAGGUGGAGGUAGAGGUGGUGGUGGUGGUGGUGGUAGAGGGAGCAGGAAAGGAGUGAGGGUGCGGUGGCAGGAGGGCGUGGUGCAGAAGGAGUUAGAGGAGGAGGAGGAGGAGGAGGAGGAGUUCUUUGAGGACGUAAUGGGGGUGAUGGAGGAGCAGAGGCAAGGAGAGUCACCUCCCUCUUACUUCCUCAUGGAGACGCUCAUCUGACAUGCUCUGCCCUGCCCCCUCCCCCUGCUCUGCUCUCCCGCCCUCCCUCUGCCAGCCUGGGUGACCUCGUACAGUCCCACCCGACCCCUACUCCCUAGUGCCCCUGGGUGAUACCGACCCCCUUACUGCUGUUACUGCGGCUUUACUGCUGCUGCUUCUACUGUUACUACUGCUGUUACCUCUACUACUAUAACUGUUACCUCUAUCCUUUUUGCUACUGCUACUAUUGAUACUGCUGCUGCUGCUGCUAUUACUAUCACUACUAUUACUACUACCACUACUACUAUUUCUGCUGCUACUACCACUAUUGCUACUACAACUGCUAUUACUAAAUGCUAUUCGCUUUGCUAAUUCGUCUGACAUUAACAACUUCCACAAACAGCAACAAACUUUUCUACAACUCUAAGCCACUGUAACAGUUCACAUUAAUACAACAACAACUACAACAACAACUACUACAACAACAGCAAACGACAACAACAAAGUUAAAAUACACUGAACUUUUACGAAUUACGACAACAACAGCAUAUUUUACAAUGCACAUUACCAUCGUCAGUUUUAUCGUGGUUUUCGUGCAUUUCCUUAUAUACUGAUCAAUUCACACAACAACAACAACAACAACAAUAACAACAACAAUAACAAAAACAACAACAACAACAACAACAAACUAAGCUGAACAUACUUUAUUUGCUUUUCAUUCACCUACUCACUUUUUUUAUUCCUCUCCUCUUUUUCCAGACUUUUAAAUUAAUCUUCUAUUCAUUUUUUUUUUCAUUUAUUGUUCCUACAGACACGCUUGCCCGCAGAGAACGUCUCCUGUCAUCUCUCAGUUCUCGUAGCUCCUUCACUAUAUCCUCCCACCCCAUUUGUAUCGAACCCUGAGCCUCCUCCCCAUCCCAUCCCACUCUGCCCUACCCAGUCCAGCCCCGCCCUCCAUCCUCGGCCCAUCUUGCCUGUCACCAUCACUCACAAUCAUCCUCUUCACUCAUACUCCAUCACUAGUUAGUUAAGCAAUCUCUCUCUCUCUCUCUCUCUCUCUCUCUCUCUCUCUCUCUCUCUCUCUCACCAUAACUCCCGUAAGAAAUAUAUGUAAACUACAAAAUGUAACCUUAUCUUUAAGUUUUCUGUCUAUGUUUUUGUUUGUAUACUGUGCGAAUGAAAGAAAACGGAAGGUGACUGAUGAGGAGAGACUCUGCUAUCAUAUAUUGGGAAGCUACGUACAUAUCUCUUUUUUUUUUAUUUAUUUUUUUUUUAUCCAGACCAUACACAACUGCAGGUUUGAGACAGAGGAAAGAACCCAAAAAUAUUGAAGCUUGAAACUAAUCAUGACAAAGGAGUUUUUUUUUUUUUAUGUGCUGGGAUGAAGAUCUGCAUUUCUUCCACUACAGUACAUGAAAAUGAGAUCGUAUUCUGUAUGACUUAAGUACCACUAGUAUAUGCAUAAGUACUAUCUUGUCCAGGGUUGAGGGUUUUGCUAUACAUAAUCUAGACUCUAGAGGACUUAAAUACCUAUACAUAAUGACAUAUAUCACUAUUUUUAGAGUGUUAGGGUACUAGUGGUGACAGGCGGUGUUGUGAUGUGUUCUACAUGUUAGGGAUGGUGAGUGAGGGUCUCCUGCUUGGUGCCCUCGCAUUGUCCUUCACGUCUCGUCGCCCUCACCAGCCUCACAACUCUCCUCGUGUUCUGUCUUAAUUCAGCUACGACGUCGCCAGAGGAAAGAAACGUGCUAAAGAAAAUGGUAUGCAAGGCUCUCGCUAUCCUCUCGUACGUAGAAAUCUCGUCAGUUAGAUAAGUAUUUUGGAGGCAGGCAAGCGGCACCAUUAAUAGUCUGGUGACCUCUGGCAGCCUGACCCGGGCACGAUUAUGUGACUUUUUUCCCUUUCUUAGCUGACAUUGAUGAGAACUUACACUCUGUCUGUCAGAAACAUAGACAGCCUUUCUAUCUCUUUUUUUUUCUUUUACGCUGUGAAUAUGCCAGAUAUGUAUUCAUUAUUAUUUUCUUAAUUAGCGUGAUAUCAAUUUUAUUCUUCAUAUUUUAUGUAUAAAAAGUAUUAAUCGUCUUUUACGCUGUGAAUAUGCUAAAGAUCUCCGUUGCUUUCGUACCUUUCUCUUUGAUGAAUACUGGCAUUAAUAUUUUAUUCUUGUCAGUAAAAAAUGCAAGUAUAAACUAACUGUAUCUUAACGCUGUGAAUACGCCAACAAUUUGUGUUUCUUUUUUCAUGGAUAUUUUUGGCGAUUUUUCGUCUUCAGCGAACGUAAAACCGACUGUCUUUUUUACAUUAUAAUCGCCGAGAAUUCUUUCUUUGUCUCUGUUUUCUGGAUGUAAGUUAUAUCUGAGAGGUACUAAUGCAAAGGGUAGUUACGUGCGUCGUUAGCGUGGGUCUGCCUCGUUGUAUCGCGUGGGAUUAGAGACGUCCGGUCAUUUAUCAUAGUACUACAGACCCAAGAAAUUACCUCAGCAUGUCCAGCUCAAACUUCGAGAGAUAAGGAGCUUGUAUGGGAUCUAAGGCUUAGUGAAUCGAUUUACUCCAUUAAGUCACCAAGAUAGAUGGAUCACGCGAAGAUCAACCACUAAAGACACUGGGGAUGUUUGUCGAUUAAUCGAUUGUGUAGAUUGAUGAUUAUGUACUUGUGUAUUCAUUAUGUUUUUUCUCUCUUUUUCUACUUUCUUUCGUAUGCGAGAGAGGCUGGCCAGAAAGUGAAAUAAGGAAAUGGGAAACCUGAUUGCAGUUCCUAAUUAGUAUUCCAAUGACUCAGGAUUUAAAAAUUUGCCAGGUCCGUUUCAGAGAUUAUGUGAUACUUCUACAUAUCCUCAAAUUAGUCUACUGUCGUAGUAACAAAAGAAUGGCAGUACGAAUGAAAGAUAAAAGUAAACUAGUUCCAAAGAACACCAGCAUUGAAAAGAUUAUGUGGUUACGUUACUUAUCUGAACAAUAUUCAAUGUAAUGAAAUACAGACAAAUCUAACAUAAUCUAAGUCAAUUUAACUCAUCCAAAUUUGUGGCUAAAGUGGUUGAUUUUCACGUGAUUCAUAUCAAUUAUAUUUUGAUGCCGCACAGUUUUGCGAUAUCCUUUCCAUGUUGUAGGCAGCCAGACGCCUGAACGGCCGCUGAAGUUGUUUGUUUACAUUGUGAAGUGAGUGACCGUGAAGAAGGUUUCCGUCUUUUCUUCUCCGCUUGAACGCGCUUCGUUGCUAUCAUAGUCGCCAAGACAGUGGAAAACGUCCAGUCCCUUGUAGAAACUCCCGAUGCUUUGGCUACUUGUGGAUUUAGUUUUUCCCGUUGAAUGUGCUUCUUCCUAUGUGCUGUGUAGCGCGGCGGUGAUGGCGGCGUGGUGCUGGCGGCGCAGUCAUGAUGUGGCAAUGUUAGAGACGUAGUAAAGAUAAGUGUUGAUGGUUAGCAGUGAUGAUGCGGUUGUGGUGUGAUGGUGGUGAUGAUGGUUACGUAAUGAUGGAUAACACUGACACCGAGAGUUUCUGGAGUUGCAACUUAUCGUCUUGAGAGUUAAGACUGAAGAGUGAUUUAUGAUUAGUGUUUAGGAGGGAGUAAGUGACGGAUGAGGAAUAGAAGCAGAGGGUCACUUGUAGAGAAAACGUUGUGGUGAUGAGAGUAAAGAUAUGAGAUACAAGAUAACGUUUGGUGGAUUGUAUGUGUGAAGAAACGAGAAAGGAGAAUAUUGGAAUGCUAAGAUCAGGGGAGUAGGAAACACUUUGGAGUAAAAGCAAGGAAUGAGUAUGAUGUAGCUGAACAGAUGUACCAUAAAACACGUGCCAGAGAUACAAUACACAAUUUGAAGGUUCAAGACAUGAUGAAACACGUUUAAAUGAAGGAAGUCUGAAGGGCAUUUACGACAAGAGAAAAAGUUAAAUGGUUCCCGAAAUGUAGCAGGAAACACGAUUGAAUCAAGUCUCAUCCCGCUAACCAGCCAGCCAGCCAGCCAGCCGCCUAACCCCGUGAAUACCAUAGUGAGCCGUGCUUCAUCAUACUGCAGUGUCGUUAUUAUCAUUUCCAAAACGUAGUCAGUGUUUGGUGUUGAGUAAUAGCUACGGAAAGGCCGUCGUGGUUCAUCUCGAUGGCUUCCUUAGUGCGAAUCAAAGAUAUUUUCUGGAUUUCCGCCGAGGGAAGGAAAUCACCAAGAGUAAGUGGCCGUGAGAGGAAAGGAAUCAAGCAGCAGAUGUUUACUUCGUAUCUAUUUUUGGAAGAUAUUUGAGACGCCCUCUUCCCGUUCUGUCCUUUCCUCUCCCGCGGCCACAAAUUGCAGUAUUAAAGGUGUGCUCUUUCCAUCCUUCUCCUUUUUAACUCAUCCUUCGUAGCCUCAAGAGUAGGAAAAAAAUGUCCUCGUGCGUGUUCGCGUUUCGGACAUUCACCGCGCGAGGCCUUGGAUGCUUCACCCUUGGACCAAGAAGCUUCACUCUAAGGCUUCGUAAAGCUUCGGGGCCUCUUGUCUGGCUUCUGGACCAGUAUCUUAAAUAAUACUAGUCAGCUUUAGAGAGAAGGUCGUAAUUGCCUUCAGUUUUCUACAAAGAGGAAAUUAGGGAAUCAAAUCCAGUUCGUUUGGCGAUAAUGCGAGAGAACUUGGUGCAAUGUUACAACCUACACUAUUUGUAACCCUGCGUGGUGAUACGGAUCGACACAACAUUAAUCUUUCAGCCAUGUCAUUACCAAACCAUCAGAUAAUAUAAGUAAGAACAUGACAAAUUUAUAAACAAACUGCUCCUGUAAUCCAUGGCCUUGAAAAGAAUACGGAGAACUGGCUAUAGACGUAAAAAAAAUAUCAUGAAGAACUUGCUUCAUAAACAUACAAACACUUCAAGCUUGGCGAUGUAAAAAUUCAAUAUUCGUCUUUGGAAUGAAAGUUAAAAUUAAUUAUAAGCGGCAAGUACAAAAAGGAAACAUUAGGUGCGCGCAAUAUUAUCUAGACAUGUGGGUCACAAUAUCACAAUACACACGCGACAAGGAAAGCGAAAUGGAACACUUCGCCGCUAAACUGCUACUCGGAAUGAGUGUGUACGUCAAUUUUCCCCUAGAUAUGGGCACGCCGGAGCGAGUGUUGCAUUUCGGACAAUGUAAUAUUUUUCUCCUUGGAUAAAUUCGGAAAUAUGUAUGGAAACUUUAGGCAAUUGAUUGACUUGCAUACUAUACAUACAUGCAUACAUACUUGUGUGAGCUAUUUAUGUACAUAGACUAGAGGACAGUGAUGGGGAUUCAUUCGUAAUUACCACUUUGUAUUCAUUGGUUUAUAGAUUCAUUUGUUUCGCCCAGAGUGAAGGAUGACGCACCUUGCCUCACUCGGCCACAAGGCAGAAAUAUAUAAAGUUCAAAAUCAUUAUUGAAAAUGUAAGUAAGAUCAAUUUUAAUCGUCGAGAAAGUUCAGUCAUCGAUAGAAAUUAACACUAUUCAAGAAAGACUAAAUCAAAAUCAUACUUUAGCUCAAAUGAGAAAACAAUUUAGUUUCACGUUACCUGGAGAUGAAAAUUAGAGGUCUUGUUGGAAAUAAGGCAGGUAAAUUAGGUUGACAACACACACUUAUAAAAUAUCAAGUAUUCACACCCUGAGGCGACACGAGAAACACUGAAACACCGCGGCUCAGUGUCCGUGCGUCGUCUGUGCUUCACGAGGAAAGGUUCAAGAUACUCAAACGACUCACUGUUCAUCUCUUAUCCUCACAUAUUGUAUCUUACAGAGAGAGAGCAAGCGAAUAUGUCAUCAUGCUAACUGAUCUCUAUGAAACAAUCACCUG